ACCGAACUGUUUAAACUCGGCGUGUAAAAGCAUCAAACUGCCAAGUCGUGUUGUUUAUUACCAUUCCACAUUAAUACUUGUAUUGAAAGAGAAGUGUUUUACCUAAUAAUUUGUCUUCCCUAUAUUAUAGCUACAAUAUAUCAAAAGGUACGUUAGCUGUCUAGCGUAAGGUUUCACCCAAACAGCAUCAGUGUUAUAUUUGUCUUGGAAAAAAUAAAGGAAGUGGAAGUAUAGCAUCAUGUGAUUUUUUUUUGGAAUAUCAAAAUAUUUGGCAGCUUGGUGCUCAUUACUCUGAAGGGAAUACGGUCGUCAAAUGUGUUUUUGCCUUUCAUUGCCUCCAUCUAAGUGCCCGUUACCUCAGUGUUGUGUUGAGCUGUAUUCGAUUUUUUUGUAAACAUUUUACGCCAUUUAGAUAUGUAUCGAUUUAAUAUAGUUUUUCUUAUUCUUUCAACGAAAACGUUGGCUUUGUGUUUAAACUAUACACAAAACGUAAGACCGAACAUCGUGAUGGUGAUGUCGGAUGCGUUUGAUGGUAGAUUGACUUUUCACCCUGGCAGUCAAGUAGUUCAGUUACCAUAUACUGAAUACCUUAGGAAGCAAGGGUCUGUCUUUCUCAAUGCCUACACCAAUUCUCCUAUUUGCUGCCCUUCUAGAGCAGCUAUGUGGAGUGGUCAGUUUGUGCAUCGAACUCAGUCAUGGAACAAUUUUAAAUGUCUGGAUAAUAAUUACACGACCUGGAUGGAAAUUCUGCAUAAAAAUGGAUAUUACACUAAAAAACUGGGAAAGUUGGACUACACAUCUGGUAGCCAUUCAAUUAGUAAUCGUGUGGAGGCCUGGACUCGAGAUGUGCCAUUUCUGCUGCGACAGGAAGGUCGCCCCAUGAUAGAUCUCAUAGGCAAUGCCUCCACGGUGAAGGUUAUGGCAAAAGACUGGAAGAUAACAGAGAAUGCUGCCCAGUGGAUCCGGCAGAGUGCUGCCUCUCUCUCUCAGCCUUUCGCCCUGUACCUGGGCCUUAAUUUGCCUCACCCUUACCGAACAGAGUCUCUGGGGCCAAAUGCUGGCGGAUCCACCUUCCGCACCUCCCCUUACUGGCUCAGAAAGGUAUCUCGUGAGCUAAUCACAGUCCCAAAAUGGCUGCCCAUGAAUGAGAUGCAUCCUGUUGAUUACUACUCUACCUUUACGAAAAACUGCAGCAGCAGCUUCACGCAGGAGGAGGUUAAGGACAUUCGUACCUUCUACUAUGCCAUGUGUGCUGAGACGGAUGCCAUGUUGGGUGAGGUUGUGUCUGCCCUCUCAGACUCUGGGCUGCUGUCUAGUACCUUGCUGAUGUUUACCUCUGACCACGGGGAACUUGCCAUGGAGCACAGGCAGUUCUACAAGAUGUCCAUGUUUGAAGGAAGCUCGCAUAUCCCGUUACUGAUUACUGGCCCAGGGAUGAAGGCCGGGCUGCAGGUGGAGCAGCCGGUCUCUCUGGUGGAUAUUUACCCUACGGUCCUCGCACUUAUUGGAGUUCCCAUACCAGCAAAUCUCAGCGGUUACUCACUCAUGCCAUUUCUUCAUCAGACCCCCGCUUCUAGUGCUAAGUACCGUCCAGACUGGGUACUGAGUGAGUACCACGGUUGCAAUGCCAAUGCUUCCACUUACAUGCUGCGGACAGGAAAGUGGAAGUAUAUUACCUACGCUGAUGGAUCGGGUGUCCCCCCGCAGCUGUUUGAUCUCUCUACUGAUAAAGAGGAGCUUUACAACGUGGUUGCUCACUUCCCUGCAUUGUGCCAGCGUCUGGACCGGCUGUUGCGUUCCAUAGUGGAUUACCCCGCCAUUUCCCAGGCCGUGCACCACUACAACAAAAAACAGUUCAGUGACUGGAAGAGCAGCCUGGGAGACAGAUAUAGCAGCAUCAUUGCCAAUCUCCGAUGGCAUGUCGACUGGCAGCACAAUCCCAAGUAUUUUGAAGCAGCCAUUGAUGAAUGGCUUAGUGGGUCAAGCUAGUUCGUAUUUUGAAUCCAGAUUAAGAUUGGCUUGUUGUACACUUAAUUUCCACUAUAAUCUGUCAAUUUUAUCAAUGAUGCAUCAUCAUUUUUUGUAGUUCAGAAAAGUUGAUUCUUGGUUAAUGUUUAUUAAUUUUUGCUCUGGUUUAUAAAAACUGGUUUUGCUAAAUAUGUCAAUUUUAAAAUAUUA